AUGAGAAAUACAAUAAACCAUAGACGAUAAACUAUGACAAUAAACGUACAUAACCCCAAUUUUUCGAUAUAUACAAUUAGUAUAUAACUGUUAAUAUUUGAUUAAUCGAGCAAUUAUAAUUCUAUAAAAUGACCUCUGGAAUGCUUUAUGGGGGUGAUGAGAUAGGGGCACUGGUUUUUGAUCCAGGGCAUCACUCUCUAAGGGUAGGUUAUGCCCAAGAGGAUACCCCAAAAGCAGAAAUACCGGCAGUAAUUGGUGUUGCCCCUGAUGAAUCCAUAAAAUUGGAACCUGAAGCUAAACAAGACAAUAAUAAUGUUACUCAGUCACCCAAUGCAUGGAAAUAUUAUAUUGAUACUACAUUUUUAUAUACACCUAGGAAUAAGCUGGAGCUUCAUAAUUACAUGAGUGAAGGUAUGAUCGAUAAUUGGGAUUACUUUGAGAAGAUUAUCGAUUAUUCGUAUGAUAAGAUUAUACAAUCUCAGUCUGAAUAUCAUCCAGUUUUAUUUUCUGAAUCUCCAUGGAAUCAACGCCAAAAGCGUGAAAAGCUAUGUGAAAUUAUGUUUGAAAAAUACAAAGUACCUGCUUUUUAUUUAGUAAAAAAUGCUGCCUUAGCAGCUUUUGCAAAUGGUAGAUCAACUGCAUUAGUAAUUGAUAGUGGGGCCACUCACACCUCUGCAGUCCCUGUAGUAGAUGGUUAUGUUCUUACUCAUUUAGCUUUAAACUCAUCAAUAGGGGGAGAUUACUUAAUUAGAGUAGCAAAAGAAAUGUUAGAAAGUCAAAAUAUUGAUUUGACACCUGCUGCUCUCAUAGCAAGUAAGGAGGUAGUAAGGGACAAGGAAAAACCUAAAUACAUUAAAAAAAACUUAUCAUUUACUCCUACAAAUAGUUGGAUGGCUUAUAUGGUUAAGAAAACAGUUCAAGACUUUCAGCAAAGUGUUUUACAGGUUUCUGAAAGUCUAUAUGAUGAAAGAAUAGCUUCAAGUAUUCCAGCAGUACAUUAUGAGUUUCCAACAGGUUAUCAUCAAGAUUUUGGGCCAGAAAGGUUCAAACUAGCUGAAGGUCUUUUUGACCAAGCAGUUUUAGGUGCCGGAUACAUGGCUGCAACUAGUGCAAGUAUGUGUGAGGUUGAUAUAAGACCAGCUCUAUACAGUUCUGUUGUUAUUACUGGCGGAAAUACUUUAAUUCAGGGAUUUAGUGAACGACUUAGCAAAGACCUGUCUUCACGAACACCGGGAUCCAUGAGACUAAAAAUUAUUGCUGCAAAUGGUACUGUUGAAAGACGAUUUGGUGCGUGGGUUGGAGGGUCUAUACUCGCGUCCAUUGGAACAUUCCAGCAGAUGUGGAUGUCAGCUCAGGAAUACCAGGAAGCAGGCAAAUCACAAAUAGAUCGCAAGUGCCCUUAAAGAACUUAUUCGUUACUGAAGACACACGACCUUAACAACUUACUUUUUGCAGUAACCUACCUACCACUACCAUUUUUCAGUCAUUCCAAAGUCAAUAAGUUUGACUACAUUUAGAAUAUUUUUUAAUUAAUAACAUUUAAGUUUUCUUUAACUAUAUUGCUGUCACAAAUUUUCUUUUUGUUUUUAUUAAGGUGUGUAUAAAAAAUUUCCCUUAGUAUUUUUAAGAAUAUUAUAAAACAUGAAUUACCUCCAAAAAAAAUAUUUGACAAAAUAUUUACGAUUUUGUAUUUUUUAUGUAUUGUGCAGACUGAUAAAAAAAAUUGUAUUUCAUAGUAAACACUUUACUACUGCCAGUAGAUUUCCUUCUCAAUACAAAAAUGUUCCAUAAAUCAAAUCAGGUAUUAGCAUCAAAGAUUACAAUUUAUAAAAACUUGAAUACACAAUCUUUAGCAUAUGAAAAGCCCAAUUAUUAGAAAAAA